GUUUCCCCGCCUCCUGCUUGGCUGAGGCGGUCUGGGGCUCGGCAGUGGCCGGUGGGGUAGAGGGGGCAGGGCGUGGUGAGGUAGGUGGGUGCCGGAGUGGGGUUCCCCGGAGCCAUGGCCUGCUCCAUUGUCCAGUUCUGCUACUUCCAGGACCUCCAGGUCGCCCGGGACUUCCUCUUCCCUCACCUGCGGGAGGAGAUCCCCAGCGGCGCCGUGCGGAGGGACCCCAGUAAGUCAACAAACUGGGAAGAUGAUGGUUGGGGAGCAUGGGAAGAAACAGAACCUCAAGAACCUGAAGAAGGAAAUACUAGCAAAACACAAAAGGCUUUCUGGCUUCAAGAUUGUGUUUUAUCCUUGUCUCCAACCAAUGAUCUUAUGGUUAUAGCUCGGGAGCAAAAAGCUGUAUUUCUAGUGCCAAAAUGGAAAUACAGUGAUAAAGGAAAGGAAGAAAUGCAAUUUGCUGUUGGUUGGAGUGGUUCUUUAAAUGUUGAAGAAGGAGAAUGUGUGACCAGUGCUCUAUGUAUUCCACUAGCAAGCCAAAAGAGGAGUUCCACUGGACGUCCUGACUGGACCUGCAUUGUGGUGGGCUUUACUUCAGGUUAUGUACGCUUCUACACUGAAAGUGGUGUGCUCUUGCUUGCACAGCUUUUGAAUGAGGAUCCAGUGCUUCAGCUUAAAUGCAGGACCUAUGAAAUCCCACGACAUCCUGGUGUGACUGAGCAGAAUGAAGAAUUGAGUAUCUUAUAUCCAGCUGCCAUUGUGACUAUUGAUGGAUUUAGUCUUUUUCAGUCUCUUCGUGCUUGUCGAAAUCAGGUAGCAAAAGCUGCAGCUUCAGGCAAUGAGAACAUACAACCACCACCAUUGGCUUAUAAGAAAUGGGGUCUACAAGAUAUUGACACUAUUAUUGAUCACGCUAGUGUUGGUAUUAUGACUCUCUCCCCUUUUGAUCAAAUGAAGACUGCCUCCAAUAUAGGUGGAUUUAAUGCGACAAUUAAAAAUAGUCCACCUGCUAUGUCUCAGUAUAUUACUGUAGGGUCCAAUCCAUUUACUGGCUUCUUCUAUGCUUUAGAGGGAAGCACACAACCAUUAUUAUCUCAUGUUGCACUAGCAGUUGCAAGUAAACUCACUUCUGCUUUAUUUAAUGCUGCCAGUGGUUGGCUUGGUUGGAAAAGUAAGCAUGAAGAAGAAGCCAUUCAAAAGCAAAAGCCAAAGGUUGAACCAGCUACUCCAUUAGCUGUAAGAUUUGGACUCCCAGAUUCUAGACGCCAUGGUGAAAGCAUAUGUCUGUCUCCAUGUAACACACUGGCAGCAGUAACAGAUGAUUUCGGCAGAGUUAUUUUAUUGGAUAUAGCUAGAGGAAUUGCAAUACGCAUGUGGAAAG